AUGACCCCGGUUGUUAGUCCAGUAAAUGCCAUUAUUACUCGCCUGGCGGAAGGAAAAAGGGUGCAUCCCAAAGAGAGUAUGCGUCAUGAAUCGCUACGUCUAUGCACGUUCCGUACUUACCCAACAUAUGGUAAACCUUCAUGUAUAAAACUUGCCAAGGCUGGGUUUUAUUAUGCCAGCCAAGGCGAUGAGGUCAUAUGCUAUUGCUGCGCCAAACGCAUCAGUAACUGGAACGAAAAAGACGAUCCUAUGCGCGCUCACAGACUGGUGUCACCUAGCUGUCCGUUCUUGAUACGAAAUUCUGAGGUCAACGAACCAGUCACAAACGAUAGCAUCGAAAGUUCCAAUCCACGACUGAACCGGAUACUGCACUCACUGGAUACAUCAGACGAGCAAUCUAUAAGAGAGGAAAGAAAUAUCGGGUCAGCAGCAAGUGAAGAAGUUUCUGCGGUAUCUUCUUCUAUAUUAAAUUCAAAUCAGAAUGGUGCUACUGGACACAAUAGCGAAUAUACAGCAUGUCAAUCGACGCAACAGUUAUCUCUUAUUACUAAACCGACCGCUGGAAAAACACCAUACUCUAGCUUACCUGUUCAAAUACCCAGUAGUUCAAUCCCGGAAGGCAAUUGUGAUGAUAGCAGCUCGACCGAGAAACCAGUUUUUUUACCAAAUGCUAGGCGUAAAAAGGCUCCACCUGUUACGGGGACAGAAUUACAUCCACAAGAUUCUAGCGGUAGGCGUGCCGACAGUGUAAAAGAAAAGCUCCUCAGCGAAAACCGCGCCUUAAAAGCGCAAUGGAAAUGUCUGCGGUGCCAUAGGAACGACGUGUGUAUCGCGUUCCUGCCGUGCGGUCACCUGGUUUCCUGUGAGGCGUGCAGCACCGAUCCCAGUGCCCGGAAGUGCUUCUCGUGCGACGCCGCCGUGAAAGCCAGAAUCAAGGCGUUCAUUGCAUAA